GUUUUAAUUGCAAGUGGAAAGCAGGUCUUUGAAAUACGAUGGCUACUACUCAUCAGCUUUUACAGAUGAGGCAAAAGAAAAAGUCCUCCAAGGAAUCGGUGUUGUUCCCCAACCAAAUUGCUACAGAGCAGCAGUCUGUGGUGCUGGUGAAAAGACUUCUGGCCAUCUCUGUAUCCUGUAUAACAUACAUGAGAGGGCUGUUCCCAGAGAGCUCGUAUGGAACUCGCUAUUUAGAUGACCUCUGUCUAAAAAUUCUCCGAGAAGAUAAAAGCUGUCUGGGAUCAUUGCAGAUAGUCAAGUGGAUUCAAGGUUGUUUUGAUGCUUUGGAGAGGCAGUAUUUACACAUUGCUGUCCUCGCAAUUUACACCAAUCCCAAGGAACCGGAGACAGUGACUGAACUGUAUCAAUUCAAAUUCAAGUACAAAAAGGAGGUGCCCCAGAUGGACAUCAUCAGCAACCAAAUGAACUUUGUGAAUGGGCUGUGCAGCGAGGAGGACAUUAAACAGGCCAGCAGGCUCCUGAUCCGUAAACUGUACCUGUUAAUGCAAAACCUCGGGCCUCUUCCCAAUGACAUUACCCUGACCAUGAAACUCCUCUACUACAAUGAUGUAACUCCCAAAGAUUAUCAGCCUCCAGGCUUUAAGGAUGAUGGCAGCCCUGGUGACCUGUUUUUUGAUGGCGAACCUGUCAACCUGAGAGUCGGGUCAGUCUCCACUGGGUUUCACCUCAUGAAAGUGAGAGUGACAGCUGAAAAGAAAAGAAUGGGGACAAUUGCAAGCAACCUGAUCCAGGAGAAUGGACCUACUGAGAUCUCCCAUCAAGGGUUAGACUGUGAUGAAGAGGAAGAGGAGUGGAAUACAAAGAGUCACCCUGUCCCUGUCAGAGCAGAUUCAAGUGAGCGUGGAGAGCACAGAAGUGACACCCAUCCAGGCCUGAAAACGGAAGCAUCUUCUUUUUACCUUCAAGGCACAGGUGGAGAGAUGACAGGAAUAAAGGAGACAGACAGGAUACCUUGCUCAAGGGCAUCUCAGCAGAUAAGCUGCCUGAACCUCGCGUUUAGCCAGGAAGAGGUAAUAGGACCCAAGAAGAAAAGGAAGGUCAGUGAACCAGAGAAGCUGCUUCUGGAAGGCAGGAAAUGA